AUGGACGUAUGGCAUAAAGGUCGGAAUUUGACAAGACGCUUUGUGGCGGACUUCAUUGAUGCCAAGGAGUCAUCGUUGCGCGUACCCGAAUGCAAGAGCGUGGAGGAUGUCUGGCAUGUGACUCCCGAACAUCGUCUCGCAGACGGGGUGGCCAAUGUAGGCGCCCGGGCUACAUCUGGAGAGGGAGGUGGCGUGAGGGUGGAGAGGGGCGACAUGGAGGAUUUGAGGUGGGAGGAUGUAAGCGAAAUGUGGGGCUAUGAUCCGCACCCUAUUCGUGGUGUCCGUCCAUGCUUGGAGGCGUCGUUCCUCAUCAUCCAGGCUUCGGUAUCAGGCAGGGUUCACACACCCGACGAGGAGGCCGAUGUGGAGGACGUGACAGAGGCGGCUGAGGCCACCACUUCAGACACCCAGGAUACGGCAGCGGGCGACGAGGAUGCAUUUGAGCCCCCGUCGCCUCAACGUCGCUGGGAGGAGAGGGGGACUAAGAAGAGGCGGCGGGAGGAGAUGGAGGGGGUGGAAAACGACGAUUUGGCCAUGGAUGAUCUCGUCGAGGAGGUGACUGUUGGGCAGCGCUUCAGUGUUCACUUCCACCAUGUCAUGGUGCGCAAUGCGACACUCGCAACACUGGGUUUCCCCAUGAGUGCUGAGGAUGUGGCAGCUGAGCUCGCCCUCGCUGCUGACCAUUGGGCGGGUCUACAUGGCGGUUGUGCCAGGGGAGACGUCCUCCCUCGUUGCGUGAAGGACAACUGGGGCCCUGAGAGUGCCGUGUACGAGCCUGACUCAGAGACCCACAAGGCAGUGAAAGAGUGGCUGGCCACGCACUGCAGCGCAGAACAGAUGCGACCCUACGUGCUUGGGGCGGGGAGUUGGCUGAACAAAUCAUUCCACUCCCUCAUCUGCAAGUAUGCUCCAAAGCGCGUGAGGUUCUUGGGGAGCAUGGAGGCUCGCAUUGCGUUAGCCGUGCUCCACUGGAACAACACUGUGGAGCGGGUGGUCAAGGCAUACAAAACACGGCUUCGAAAGGCGACACGGGUCAAGCGUGGCAAGAAAGAUCGUGUUCUGGGCCCCAUGGACUGGACCUGGGUCGACGACAUCAUGCGCGAUUGGAUGGCCUCCCGGGGGAGGCCCGAGCCUCCUCCGCCUGUUGUUACACCCGAUUCCGAUGCACCGGAGUCCGUUCCCCCACGUGACCAUGAGCCCAUGCCGCGGUAA